AUGCUGUUUUCUCUUCAGUUUACUAGGAGAGUAUCUUAUGAAUCUUCUUGAAUCGUUUUCAUCAUCAAUUCUUUCUUCUUCAUGUUCUCUUCACUCCUCCAUGUCCGUUACUAUGCUGCUGCUUCUAUUACAGUUGCCCAACUCAACCAAUCUUCACCUGUUGUUAAUAGAUUCCUUUCUCUCUUACAAAGAUGUGGAAGAACACUUGUUUCUAUCAAGGCCUUCCAUGCCCAACUCAUUACUCAUAAUAUGUCCAAGGAUCAGUAUUUGUGUACAAAACUUGUCGCUAUUUAUUGUGAUUUGGGUAGUUUGGGUAUUGCUCGCAAUGUGUUUGAUCAAUUUUCUCAACCAAAAACUAUUUUGUGCAAUGCUUUGAUUCAUGGGUUUUUGAGAAAUGAGCGGUACUUUGAAGCGCUUGACUUGUUUAAAAUGAUGGGAUCUUGUAAUUUAAAGAUUGAUAGUUAUACAUGUCAUUUUGUGCUUAAGGCGUGUGUUGGCUUGUCAGAUUACGAAUUAGGUGUGGAAGUUGUUAAAAUUGCUGUUGAUAAAGAAAUUGGAAGGGAAAAGUUUUUGGGGACUGCAAUAAUUAAUUUUUUGGUGAGAUUUGGUAAAUUAGGUGAUGCAAGAAGGAUUUUUAAUGAGAUGGAAGAAAGAGAUGUUGUUUGUUGGAAUUCAAUGAUUGGUGGUUAUGUGCAAGCUGAUCAGUUAAAUGAGGCAUUUGCUAUGUUUUUUAAGAUGCGCAGCUGUGGAAUUACCCCAAGUCCGAUAACUAUAGUUAGCUUGAUUCAAGCUUGUGCGAGAAGUGGGGAUUUAGAACUUGGAAAAUGUGUUCAUGGUUGUGCCAUUGAAUUGGGAAUGACCAAUGAUAUUUUGGUGCUUACCUCAUUGGUCGAUAUGUAUAGUAAUAUGGGUGAAAUUGUGAGUGCUCACUUGGUGUUUGAGACGAUGCCAAAUAGAAAUUUGGUCUCUUGGAAUGCCAUGAUCUCGGGAUGUGUUCAAAAUGGUUUGGUGCCUGAAUCUAUUACCUUAUUCAAUAGACUAGUUACAAGUAAUGGUGGAUUUGAUUCAAGAACCUUAGUGAGCCUUCUUCAAGGCUGUUCCCAGAUUGCUGAUCUAAAAUGUGGGAAAAUCCUACAUGGUUGCAUUUUUAGAAGGGGCAUUGAAUUAAAUGUCAUUUUGUCUACUGCGAUUGUUGAUCUCUAUUCUAAAUGUGGUGCUUUAAAGCAAGCAACUUUCGUCUUUGAUAGAAUGGAAAAGAGGAAUGUCAUCACAUGGACUGCUAUGCUCGUAGGAUUGGCACAAAAUGGGCAUGCAGAGGAAGCCCUGAAACUAUUUUAUCAAAUGCAAGUAGAGGGGGUUGUGGCCAAUUUAGUAACUCUUGUUAGUUUAGUUCAUUCUUGUGCUCACUUGGGUUGUUUGAGGAAAGGAAGAAGUGUUCAUGCUCAUUUAAUUCGUUGUGGAUAUGCAUUUGAUGUUGUUCACAUGACAGCGUUGAUUGAUAUGUAUGCCAAGUGUGGAAAAAUCAGACCUGCUGAAUCAAUUUUUGAUGAAGGCUAUAUUUGUAAAGAUGUUAUUAUAUGGAACUCUAUGAUAACAGCCUAUAGCAUUCAUGGUUAUGGCGAGAAAGCUAUUAGUCUCUAUAGAAAAAUGAUGGCAGAAGGACUUGAGCCAAAUGAAACCUCCUUUCUUGCUCUUCUAACUGCAUGUAGUCACUCAGGACUUGUGGAAGAGGGAAUAAGAUUAUUUCAUAGCAUGGAAAGAGACCACAAAAUUAGGCCUACUGAAAAGCACUAUGCCAGCUUUGUGGAUCUUCUUAGUCGGGCUGGUCGUUUUGAAGAAGCUGAAACAUUAGUCAAACAAGUGCCUUUUGAACCUGGAAGUUCUAUUCUUCAACCUUUGCUCAAUGGAUGUUUAGCUCACAAGAACUUGGAUUUGGGUUUACGGACAGCUAAUAGAUUACUUUGUUUAGACUCUCUAAACUCUGGGAUUUAUGUUGUCUUAUCAAACAUCUAUGCCCAAGCAAAGCAUUGGGAUGCAGUAAAUCAUGUUCGAAGCCUUAUGAGAACACGAGGAUUAAAGAAAACACCAGGAUAUAGCUCAAUUGAGGUUGAAAAUAAAGUUUAUACAUUUUUUGCGGCAGACGAUUCCCAUCCUAAUUGGGCAGAGAUUUCUCAGUAUUUAGAGAAUUUAAGAUUAGAAGUAGAAGCAUCUGGCUAUGUGCCAGAUACAAGUUGUGUUCUUCGUGAUGUUGAUGAACCAAUGAAGACGCAGCUGCUAUGGGGCCAUAGUGAGAGACUAGCUAUUGCAUUUGGGCUUUUAAGCACACCAGCUGGAAGCUCAAUUAGGAUUACCAAGAACCUACGUGUUUGUAAUGACUGUCAUAAUGUGACCAAAUACAUUUCGAAGAUAGCUAGGAGGGAACUAAUUGUUAGAGAUGCCAAUCGUUUUCAUCACUUCGUCAAUGGGAAUUGCUCAUGUAAUGAUUAUUGGUGACAAGGGACUUGUAAGAAAAGAUUGCCAACAAGUUGAAAUAUUGGUUUUAGCUCGAAAUUUGAUGCCUACUUCUUAACAUAAAAGCCAAUAAAGUUUCUGGAGACAACAAACUUAAAGGGACAGUGCCAACCAACUCAUGGCUUUGAAGUUCCAUGGACUAGCACAAUUGAGGUGCAUGAGUAGCCUAUCGCUUUGGUAAGUUGGGAGGCUUGGUGUUGGUGUACAUAGCUCUCGGAGUUUUCCAGCAACGCAUUACAAGGAUAGUCAAGUAAGCUAUAUACAUGUCAACAGUUCAUCGAUUACAACAUAAGAGAGAACACAAAGCGUUGGGCUGUUGACGCCUUCUGCCAAACCCAGAAACUCGAGGAGCCUUCUGUUGUAGUGUCUGUGUAUUCUGAUUGAAAAUCCAGGCAUGUCGAAGAAUUACUCCAGCGAUGAUGAAGAAGACGAUGACGAGUUCCUUCAGCAAAGAUCGAUUGCUAAUCACUCCAAAACACAACCCACCUCAGUGUUCUUGCACCAAAAGCUAUCUCGAUGUCGAGGCUCCUCCUUGAGAAAUUCAAAGACGACCCAGCUAAUUUGUCUCCCAUAAUUUUAGCUUCAUAUUGUUGAAUUGUGUAUAAACGUGAGUGAGUAUUAGGAGUUAGAUAAAUAGUUAGUUGUUAUAUUUGUUGUUUAAGCUGUUGUAACUAACCGAGUCUUCUGCUCUUAUUCUGUUAGCCUUAGUAUUGAGCUUUCUCCUAUAUAAGAGGCUCAACCCCCUUUGUAUAAACUAAGUGAUUUAAAAAAAUAAUCAAGAAAAUUACUUCUCUUUCUCCUAUUAUGGUAUCAGACACAAACAAAGUCUUCCGCUCACAAUCAAGAUCUUCUUUUCUCCAACAAUGACGCACACCAGAGAAUCUACAGCUCCAGUCCUCAACAAUGGUGGCUACAAUUGUAACGUCUCAAAUUUGCUAAUAAGGCUUAGUGUCUUGAUUAGCGUGCUAGGAGGACAAUAAUUGAUUUAAUUAUGUUAUUAUGUGGUUAAUUGAUAUAUGUGUAUCAGUAUGUGAUUACUUGGAUUAAAUGAUUAUACGACUAGAAAUGUAUGUUUAGGUGAAUUAAAUAUGCAUAUGGGCCCGUUCUUGUUAAUAAGGGCAUAUUUGUAAUUUUGGCAUGUUGAUGACGUAAAUGUGAUUAUGUGUGUGUGUGUGUUGUGCUUAAGACCACAAUAUUGUGGAGAUGUUUCUUAGAUGUGUGGUCCGAGAAGGUUCUAGGGAGCGAAAUAGUCACAACGGGGUCGAAUACUCGACUCGUGGUGAGCCUAGGGACAUUUUGGGAAUGUAGCACGUGUUCAGGAUUACCGGGUAAUAGGUAGUGAUUUAGCGAUUAUUUGGGUAUGUCGAGAUUAAAUGGGGAUUUAUAGGACUAUUCGAGGAAUUAGCGAGAAUGUGGCAAAUGACGGGAUUGCCCUUGGAGGCAUUAAGUGGCUAGGGAUUUAUCUAAGGGCAGUUUAGUCAUUUUGGAAACUAGAGAUAGACAUGGGGUAGGCUCUAGAUACCAGCAAAACACUUAGGAAGAAAAAAACACAACUCUCUCUCUCUCACACACACCGGGCUUGCUGUUUUUGGUGAAUUCUUGGGGAGAUUGACCGAGGAUUUGAAGAACUUGAAGAUUGAAAAGAUUGGGGCUUAGCUCAGGGUCAGAUCAUCAAUUGAGGUAAGGAUUUUGGUGCUGAAUUGUUGAGUUUUUUUGCUCUGAUUUAUAGGCUUUAUUUAGGUUCAAAUCUUAGGUCUGAUUUUGGAUUUUGGUAAGGCUAAGGGAUAAUUUUGGGGUUCUUAUACCAGCGAUGUUGCUUUGAUAUGAAUUAUAGGUUUAAGGUUUGAUUUGGGUGGAUUUCAGAGAGUUUGGCUUGUAGAAAUGCAUGAAGAUUUCUGGGUUUUGGGUUCGAGCCGCGUCCUUGUUCUUCAGGCGUCGCGGCCCGUGUGUGUGAAGAGGCUGGGAGCCUCUGAAAUUUUGCCCAGGCACCGCGGCUCGUGUCCCCCAGAAGAGAGCCCCAAGGCUCUCUGACUUGUUGCGCACCGCGACCCAAAGGGGUUGGGCCACGACUCAAAUAGGGAAUAAUGGCCUAAACAGAGUUUUAAGCUCGGGAAGGAUUCUACUACCUAGUUUAGUAGAAUUCGAGGUCUUAGAGGCUAGAAUACUAUUUUGAAGUUAUCAAUUGGUUUAGGGCUUGAUGUAUGUUUAUUAUUAUUGCGUUGUGACUAGGCUUUACUGCCAAGGCUUCGGAUUAGGGGAUCGUGCUCGGGAUCACACUAAACAGUCAGCUCGGGACAUAGGUAAGAAAACUGUUUGUGUCCGUAGAGCAGGGCAUGACCCAAUUAUUUGUGUUUAUUGUUAUGUUUAAAUAUUUGUAGUUUUUAUGAUAUGUUUGCAUGGUUAUGAUUGAUUAGCGAAGAUCGGGAUUGGCGAAGACCAGAAUCGGCGAAGGUCGGGAACGACGAUAAGCAUGCUGAAUGCAGGCUAAAUGGCAACAAGCAUACUGAAUGCAGGCCGCCAUGGCAUGCCCAUCUAGGGUGUUGUACUAACUCGUUUGGUGAAGACCGUGAACCCAAUGCCUGGUAAAGCACCUGGGUCGGCAUAGGCCGUUAUGUGAAUAGUCUGUUAUUUUUUUUAAAGUUGUGCUUUUACAGGAUUGAAUUGUCAUACGCUAUGUGUGGAGUUUUCUUGCUAGGCCAUGGUUCAUAGGUGGUUUAUGGUGUAGGUAAGGGCAAAUGAAAGGUCGACCAAACAUGAGUUGUAGAGCAUGGAGCGACGCGUACAUGUUCGGCCUACCUGGUCGCCAUAAUUGAGGGUUGUUUUGAAGGACAUGUUAUAAACAUUUGAUUUUGUCACUUAGGUCGACUAUUUGAAUUGUAAAUAUAUUUUGAAACAGUAUUUGAAUGCAUCACUUUUAUAACUUUAAUGGAUGUCCAAACCUUUUAUACUUAUUUUCAUUAAAUGAGUCUUUAAUCCGAUUUCAUCACACUUUUCAGUCUAAAACCUCGAUUAGCGAGCUAAUGACACAUUUUAAAAUCACAUGGUAAUAACUCUAAGGUAGUAGGACGUUACAACUUGGUAUCAGAGCGUGCCAAGGUUUAUGGUUCCUGGAGAUUGACUAAACAUGUACACUCGCUGCCAGAGACAAGCUCGACUCAGGGUUGGUUGGUAUUAAGUGAAUUAAAUGUUUAAUUGCUUGUUUGAGUUGUCAUGUUUGCUUGGUUAAUAUAGAUAGAGUAUGAUAAACAUAUAUGUAUAUAUAUGAUGCCAGGGCAUGACCCCUUUGAUUGCUAUGUGCUUAUGUUAUGCGUACAUUUGUUGAUUUGAUGUUUGUGGUUGAUUGAUUGGACUGGGAGGUGGAUUUUGGAUGUUGUUAUCGGGCUUGAUGUGUGGCGUCAUUGAUUGCAGGCAUAUUGAAGUUAUGCCUCGGCGAUCGAUUAGACUGUGGCAAUAUGGCCGAAGAUGACAACCAGGGUCAGGACCCUCCACCUGCCCUACAGAACUGGCAACAAAUGUUUGUAGAAAUGCAAGCUAGUCUUCAGAGUACUGAAGUUGAACUCCGAGAACUGAGGCAGCAGGCCCCUCCUCGGGGUGUUGGGUUACAAAUUCCACAGGCUGUGGCACUAGUGCCAACCCAACCUUUGAUGGAGAACAGGUGGGAGCCUUUGUAUGAAAGGUUCAUAAAGCAACACCCUCUCACCUUUGAGGGCGGCCCAGACUCACUGCGGGCAGAACAAUGGAUGAACAUGACUUCUAUCCUGGAUUUUAUGAGGGUGCAAGGGAACAAGAGGGUGGCUUGCGACAAUUAUAUGUUGAGGGAAGACGCCCGCAUUUGGUGGGAAGUUGUGUCCCAGAGGAGGGAUGUGACUACUAUGACCUAUGAUGAAUUUAGAGAUGUCUUCAAUGAGAAGUAUUACAGUGUUGCAGUCUGAGUUGUAAAGGUCAGCGAAUUCAUUAAUUUGACUUAGAACAGAAUGACCAUCACAAAGUACGCUUUGAAGUUUGAUCAAUUGGCGAAAUUCGCGCCGAAUUUGGUGCCUACUGAUAUGGUACGGAGGGAUCGUUUUGUAUGGGGAUUGAAUGUGAUGAUAGCCCGUGAUGUUAAGAUAACACUAGAUUCGAGGGCUACCACUUAUGCUCAGGUAGUGGAGAAAGCCUUUACUGUUGAGGGGGCUGAAGAUCAGAUAUGGAGAGAAGGCGUUGCGAGGUGCGACGCUCGGAGGACGAUGCCUCCCUUCACUGGUUCUAACCGGGGUAGUGACCCCAGUGAGCAGAAGAGAAGUGCCCCAAAUUCUUUUGUUCCUUCUGGUCCAGAUAGGAGGGCACAAGGUGCUUUCAGUGGCGUCAGGGCGGGGGAAAGAACUGGAGAAGCUUCCCAGAGUGUCCAUGGUGUAGGCAACGACAUCUGGGGGGAGUGUAGAGAUAGAGCAUGCUUUAUCUGUGGGAGUAUCAGUCACCUGAGGAAGGACUGCCCACAAUCCAGAAAAGAACCAAAGAAGAAUGACAACUUCACUCCAGCCAGUGUUCACCUUGACCCAGACUGAGGUUGAGGCUAGUCCUUUGGUCGUGACAGGUCAGAUUUCUAGUGCCGGUUCUUCAUUUACUGCAUUGAUUGAUUCAGGAGCUACUCAUUCGUUUGUAUAUGCUUGGGUGAUAGACCGUUUGUGUAGACCUUGUGAUUUGUAUGCUAGAGGAUUUAGGACUUUGUUGCCAAGUGGGGAACUGGUAGUCUCUAGGAGAUGAGUUAGAGCAUUACUAGUGGAGAUACACAGUAGGGAGUUGUCAGUGGAUCUGAUUGAACUGGUGAUGAAUGACUUUGAUAUGAUUCUGAGGAUGGACUAGUUAUCAAAGUACGGGGCGACGAUAGACUGCAAGCGAAGAAUGGUGACCUUUGAACCGGAAGGGGAGGAACCAUUUGUGUUUAUGGGGACAAUGAGUGGGCCACGAGUACCUAUGAUCUCUACAUUGAAGGCUAGGGACCUGUUGCUAAAAGAUUGUAUAGGAUUCCUAGCAAACCUAGUGGAUACCUCUAGGAUCGUUUAAGUUGGACCGGAUGAGACCAGACUAGUGUGUGAGUUCCUUGAUGUAUUCCCAACCAACCUGUCAGGGUUGCCACCACACCGAGAGAUCGAGUUUGUUAUAGAGUUGACGCCAAUGGCAAAGCCAAUAUCAAGGACACCUUAUUGAAUGGCUCCAACAGAAUUGAAGGAAUUGGAAAAUCAGUUGCUGGAAUUACUGGAUCUAGGAUUCAUCGGACCCAGUUUUUCGGCAUGGGGUGCUCCAAUGUUGUUUGUCAAGAAGAAUGAUGGAUCCUUAAGAAUGUGCAUCGAUUACAUAGAGCUAAAUAAGUUAACUAUUAAGAAUAAGUAUCAACUGCCCAAGAUCGACGACUUAUUUGACCAACUACAUGGGAAGACAAUGUUCUCUAAGAUUGACCUUCGGUCUAGCUACCAUCAGUUGAGGAUUAAGCAGGAGGACAAACCAAAGACUGCAUUCCGUAUGAGGUAUGGACAUUAUGAAUUCCUAGUCAUGUCCUUUGGAUUAACCAAUGCCCCAACAACCUUCAUGGACUUGAUGAAUAGGGCCUUCAGGGAUUACUUGGAUAAGUUUGUGAUCGUAUUCAUCGAUAUAUUGGUGUACUCCCAAUCAGAGAUAAAGCACGAGCAACAUCUUCGUUUGGUACUACAACGACUGAGAGAGCAUAGGCUUUAUGCUAGGUUCAAUAAAUGUGAGUUUUGGUUACCCCAAGUAACAUUUCUGGGCCAUAUUGUGAGUAAGGAAGGGAUUCUGGUGAACCCAAACAAGAUUGAGGCAGUGAGGGAUUGGCUUAGGUCCAGCAAUGUACGAGAGGUUAGAAGCUUCAUGGGAUUUGCAGGGUACUAUCGGCGGUUCGUUGAGGGAUUUUCUAGAAUAGCCACACCGUUGACUGAGCUGAUGCGUAAGACGACCAAGUAUGUCUGGACAGAUAGAUGUGAUAACAGUUUCAAGGAGCUGAAGCGACGACUGAUCACCGCUCCAGUAUUGAGUCUUCCAUUAGACAAGGAGAAGUUUUUGGUCUACUGCGAUGCCUCGCGGCAGGGUUUGGAGUGUGUAUUAAUGCACGCUGGGAAGGUAAUAGCCUACGCGUCUAGACAGCUGAAGGAGUAUGAAUAGAGGUAUCCCACUCACGAUCUGGAACUGACAGUGGUGGUAUUCUCACUGAAGGUUUGGAGGCAUUAUCUGUAUGGAGAGAAGUGUGAAAUAUACACUGACCAUAAAAGUUUAAAAUAUUUCUUUAUUCAGAAGGAUCUGAAUAUGCGCCAAAGGCGUUGGCUAGAGUUGGUGAAGGACUACGACUGUGAUAUCUUGUACUAUCCAGGGAAGGCCAAUGUGGUGGCCGACGCAUUGAGUCGGAAGGGGCCAAGGCAGUUAUUCAGUUCGAGACAGAUAUCAAAAAAGUUAGCUGAAGAGAUGAUGAGAACGAGAAUUGAGUUGGCAGUUGGUCAGCUAGCCAAUAUCACUCUUCAGUCCACGCUUCUUGAGAGGAUCAAGAACGCACAAAAGGAGGAUCCCCAUUUGAGGAAACACAGGGAGGAUGUCUUGGCCGAAAUGGCUAGACUAUUCUAUUUCUGAGAUUGAUAGGCUGAGGUAUAAAGGUCGGAUUUGCGUCCUAAUAGAUUAUUGUAUUAGGCGAAAGGUUUUGGAUGAGUCUCAUACCACUCCCUAUUCUAUACAUCCGGGUACGACGAAGAUGUAUCAAGACUUGAGGACUCUGUAUUGGUGCCCAGGAAUGAAAAAGAACGUAGUGGAUUAUGUGGCCAAGUGAUUAACCUGCCAGCAGGUGAAGGCUGAACAUCAAAGGCCAGUAGGGUUCCUGCAGCCUUUAGGGAUUCUAAAGUGGAAGUGGCAGGAUAUCACCAUGGACUUUGUGGUUGGGUUGUCGAAGACAGUGGGGCAACAUGAUUCGGUGUGGGUGAUUGUGGAUAGGUACACCAAAUCAACCCACUUUUUGCAUGUUAGAACGACUUAUACGGUGGAGUAGUAUGUUGAAUUGUAUGUGAAGGAGAUUGUGCGACUUCAUGGGGCUUCGAGGUCGAUAGUAUCCGACAGGGACCCCGCCUUCUCCUCUAAGUUUUGGGGGAGCCUGUAGAAGACUACGGGCACGCAGUUGCGGUUCAGUACUGCCUAUCAUCCCAGACGGAUGGACAAUCUAAGAGGAGGAUUCAGAUACUGGAGGAUCUGUUAUGGGCAUGUGUGCUGGACUUUGGGGGAUCUUGGAGUAAGUAUCUCCAUUUCAUUGAAUUUUCUUAUAAUAACAACUAUCAGGAAACUAUCGGAGUGACUCCAUAUGAAAUGUUAUAUGGGAGGAAGUGUCGAUCACCCAUUCAUUGGGAUGAGACGAGUGAGAGGAGAUAUUUAGGCCCUGAGGUCCUUCAGAGGACUAACGAGGCAAUUGAGAAGAAUAAAGCUCGGAUGCUCGCCUCCUAGAGUCGACAGAAGAGUUACUCAGGCUUGAAACAUAGGAGUAUAGAUUUUCAAGUCGGUGAUCUUGUGUUCCUCAGAGUUUUCCUUUGAGAGGAGUGAAACGAUUUGGUGCGAAUAGCAAGUUAAGGCCUAGGUUUGUUGGCCCCUUUGAGAUUCUGGAACGGGUUGGAGAGGUAGCUUACAGAUUGGCUAUGCCUCCAGCUUUAUCAGGGGUUCACAACGUAUUUCAUGUGUCCAUGCUCCAGAAGUAUGUAUUAGAUUCUACACAUGUGUUGAGUUACGAGAACCUGGAGCUGGAUGAAGAUUUGUCUUACGAGGAGAGGUCGGUUCAAAUCCUAGACCGGAAAGAUAAAGUCUUGCGGAACAAGACCAUUGCCUUGGUGAAAGUGUUGUGGAGAAAUAAAAAGAUAGAAGAGGCAACUUGGGAGCUUGAGUCUGAUAUGCGGGAUCGGUAUCCCGAGCUAUUCAGGUAAAUUUCGAGGACGGAAUUUCUAUAAGGAGGGGAUUGUUGUAACGUCCCAAAUUUGCUAAUAAGGCUUAGUACCUUGAUUAGCAUGUCAGGAAGGCAAUAAUUGAUUUAAUUAUCUUAUUAUGUGGUUAAUUGUGAUAUAUGUGUAUUAGUAUGUGAUUACUUGGAUUAAAUGAUUAUACGACUAGUAAUGCAUGUUUAGGUGAAUUAAAUAUGCAUGUGGGCACAUUCUAAUAAGGGCAUAUUUGUAAUUUUUGCUUGUUGAGGGCGUAAGUGUGAUUAUGUGUGUAUGUUGUAUAUGAGACCACAUUAUUAUGGAGAUGUAUAUGAGAUAUGUGGUUCAAGACAGUUCUAGGGAGUAGAAUAGCUGAAUAGUCACAAUGGGGUCGAAUACCCAACUCGAGGUGAGCCUAGGGGUAUUUUGGGAAUGUAGGACAUAUUCGGGAUUACCAGGUAACAGGUAGUGAUUUAGCGAUUAUUUGGGUAUGUCGGGAUUAAAUGGGGAUUUAUAUGACUAUUUGAGGAAUUAGCGAGAAUAUGGCAAAUGAUGAGAUUGCUCUUGGAGGCUUUAAGUGGCUAGGGAUUUAUCUAGGGGUAGUUUAGUCAUUUUGGAAACUAGAGAUAGACAUGGGGUAGGUUCUAGAUACCAGCAGAACACUUGGGAAGAAAAAAAACACAACUCUCUUUCAGCAAUUCUCUCUCUCUCUCUCUCUCUUGAUGUUUUCUUUGUCUCUCACUAGGCUUGGAGGUUUUUGGUGAAUUCUUGGGGAGAUUGGCUAAGGAUUUAAAGAACUUGAAGCUUGAAGUGAUUAGGGUUUAGCUUAGGGUCAGAUCAUCAAUUGAGGUAAGGAUUUUGGCGUUGAAUUGUUGAGUUUUUCUGCUGUGAUUUAUAGGCUUUGUUUAGGUUCAAAUCUUAGGUCUGAGUUUGGAUUUUGGUUAGGCUAAGGGAUAGUUUUGGGGUGCUUAUACCAGUUAUGUUGCUUUGAUAUGAAUUCUAGACUGAAUUUUAGGUUUAUGGUUUGAUUUUGGUGGAUUUUAGAGAGUUUAGCUCGUAGAAAUGCAUGAUGAUUUCUGGGUUUUGGGCUCAAAUCGCAGCCCUGCUCUUCAGGCGCCGCGGCCCGUGUGUGCAAAGAGGCUGGGAGCCUUUGAAAUUUUUCCCAGGCGUUGCGGUGCAAGUAGGGCGCGCAACGACCCGUGUCCCCCAAAAGAGAGCCCCAAGGCUCUCCAACUUGUAGCGCGCUGCGGCCCUAAGGGGCUAGGUCGCGACUCAAAUAGGGAAUAAUGGCCAAAACAGAGUUUUAAGCUCGGGAACCCAAACUUGAGGGCUUGGGAAGGAUUCUACUAUCCAGUUUAGUAGAAUUCGAGGUCCCGUAGGCUAGAAUACAAUUAUGAAGUUCUCAAUUGGUUUAGGCCUUGAUGAAUGUUUAUUAUUAUUGCGUUGUGACUAGGCUUUACCGCCAAGGCUCGGGAUUAGGGGAUCGUGCUUGGGAUCACACUAGACAGUCAGCUAGGGACACAGGUAAGAAAAUUGUUUAUGCCCGUAGAGUAGGGUAUGGCCCGAUUAUUUGUGUUUAUUGUUAUGUGUAAAUAUUUGUAGUUGUUAUGCUAUGUUUGCAUGGUUAUGAUUGAUCAGCGAAGGACAAGAUCGACGAAGGCCGGGAUCGGCAAAGGUCGGGAUCGGCGAAGGCUGGGAAUGACGAUAAGCAUGCUGAAUGUAGGCCGAAUGAAAACAAGCAUGCUGAAUGCAGGCCGCCAUGGCAUGACCAUCCAUGGUGUUGUACUGACUUGUUCGAUGAAGAUCGUGAACCUAGUGCCUGGUAAAGCACUUGGGUCGGCAUAGGUAAGGGCAAAGGAAAGGCCGGCCAAGCAUGAGUUGGAGGGCAUGGAGCGACACGUACAUGUUCGGCCUACCUGACCGCAACAGUCGGGGUUUGUUUUGAGGGACAUGUUAUAGACAUUUGAUUUUGUCGCUUAGGUCGAUUGUACCUUAACUUUUGAAUUAUAAAUAUAUUUUGAAAUAGUAUUUGGUAUCCUAAUAUAUCACUUUUAUAACUUUAAUGAA